UCUAAUUUCCAACAAUUACAUAGCAAAAUAUUUUUUGUAAUUUUUUGCUAAAAUACGAACAGUUUGCUAUUUAACAAGUGUUAUUUCAUUAAAAUAAUCGUUUCUAGAUCUUUUAGCUAUAGAAUUAUAUCAAUUUAUUUGAAAAAUAACAAUUGAACUUGUUUAAAUCGGUUUGCCGUUGUUCGUAUAAUCCGACUCGUUACGAAAGUCAAGCGUACGCACAGACCUCACUCGUCUUGAACGACCUCCGUAAAUCUGUCGCGUUAUUGUUUGUUUACAUUCUGUCCGAGAUCGUAUUUUAUUUGUCUUUCAAGCGGAUUAUUCACUUUAUUUUAGUUAAUAAAUCAAGUGGUGUUACUGAGUGUUAUCUAUACUAGUAAAAUAAACAAUAUUCUAGUGUAAAUAGUGCGUAAUUGGUAAAAGAAAAAGAUUGUUGUUUCGACAAAGCUUCUACUACUAGCAGUUCUUCUCUCAUCAUCAUACGCGCGUAUUUCAGUCAUGUACGCCCACGAAAAGUUGAGCGACAUAGCAGCCGAACAGUGCUUCACGGAAAUGUACCCUAAGGGCAAGCAUAUAGAGAUCCAAGAGUCAGACGAACCUUGCAUCAUCUUCUGCGUGUUGAAGAAGAUCGGAAUUAUGAACCCCAAUGGCAACAUCAACUUGGAUACUUAUCGGAGGAGAGUCCAGGUGGCUCAUCAGCUAGACCAGCGGAACGUGGUCAGUGACUACGGCAGCUCUUGUGUGGAGACUGCCGAGGCCAUUCAGCACAAGCAGGACGUCUGCAAGAAGGCCAAGGUCUUCAAUGAUUCAAUGCUGCCAAAGCUAUUCGCAUUCAUCAUUCCUUGCGUGAUAGCAACACAACAACAGAGGCACCACUCCGCUUCUUAUGGCACCCUGGUAGAUUUCACAGAUCCUAAGGUACAAGGCCAUCUAGACGCCCUAGUGCGUGUGGCACAAUCCUGCGUCAUCAAAGUACGGGCGACUCCUAAAGACGUGAGGGCCUACUUCACAAACUCGCCCCCAGUGACCAGAUCCGGGCAGUGUUUCGCCGCCUGCAUGCUGGAACAAAGUGACGUCAUCAGUCAUGGAAAGGUGAAUAGAGAUCUCUUAGUGCACUUAGCAGGUCUAGUCAACGGAAAGAACUCUCGGGUGGUACGAAAACUAAGCAGCAUCUCAAGGAUAUGCCUGGACAGUAUUGAAGGCAUGUCAGAUCGUUGUCAACUGGCAUCUACCUACAACGACUGCUUGAACGAAAACAUGCUGGAAUUCGCCUUCCCAUUAGACAUAGCGGAAGAAGCAGUCAGAAAGAUGCCGUUCCAUCUGAUACAGCCUAAGCAAACAUUAGCUAAUGGUGUCGCCAUCGACGGAUACGUCUGCGAAGCCAUCACCAUCAUCAUCCUCAUUUCUGGCCACUGGCAGACGUAUUCGUCUCCAAAGGCUCUCGGGUUUGAUCUGCUGGCGGCCGUUCUAGUCCACGGUGGACCAGGGUGGACCAGGGUAGACCAGAGUGGACCAGAGUAG